CUAUAUAAAUUUGUCCUCCUUGGAUGGAAAUCAUCACAGACCCACAGUCUUCUCUUUUAGCACUGAGUUUGCAAUAAGGAUCAUUAUGAAGUACAUCUUGAUCUGUACCAUCAUUUUUCUGCCUUCUUUAUUUGCUAUCCCAAUAGAUCUUGGUAAUGAGGGACCAAGUGCUGAAGACUCAAAACUUCUACAAGUUUAUCUUGACAAAUUCUUCCCAACUUAUCAUAAAGAUGGCCGUAGCCUGGAAGAACGACUCAGACAAAUGCAGAAAUUCUUCCAUUUGACUGUCACAGGGAAAAUGGAUAAAGAAACAUUAACAGUAAUGAAAAAGACUCGAUGUGGAGUCCCAGAUGUCUCAGAAGAGAAUAAAGCUGGAACAACAAUCUGGAAUAAAAGACAGCUCACGUACAGGAUUAAUAAUUACACUCCAGAUCUGCCAAGAUGGAAGGUAGAUGAAACUAUAGUAAAGGCAUUCCAAGUCUGGAGCGAUGUGACUCCACUGAGCUUCAGGAAAACUUCCAGACCUGCUGAUAUUGAAAUAUUUUUUGCACAUGGCGACCAUGGUGAUUAUGGCCGUUUUGAUGGUAGAGGAGGAAUUUUGGCUCAUGCUUUCUUCCCUGGAUCAGGACUUGGGGGAGAUACGCAUUUUGAUGAAGCAGAGAGAUGGUCAGAGUAUAACAGAGAGACCAACCUGUUUCUUGUUGCUGCACAUGAAUUUGGUCAUGCCUUAGGACUUACCCAUUCUAAUGUCGUUGGCUCUUUGAUGUACCCAACAUAUACUUACAGAGAUCCAAAUUCCUUCAGACUUCCAAGUAAUGACAGACGAAGAAUUCAGAGAUUCUAUGGAAUAAGGAAAUGAAACCAUUGAAGAACCCCACUGCAUUUAAAUGGCAUAGAAGAAUUCAUAUUUUGUGCACAUCAAAAGUGUUAUUUCAACAAAAUUUAUAAUAUACUAAAAGCAGCAAACGUUUCACUGCCUGCUUGAUAAUGGGGAAAAACUACUGGACUAGACCUUUCUUGCAGGAGCUACGUUGGUUGUCGAUUUGCUUCCUGGUGCAAAUCAAGAUGCAGAUUAGCAGCUGUAAGGAGUGCGUUUUCUGUAAAUGUCCUUCUCUUGGGAACAGUUUAUCAUCCAACAUCAAACCAACAUCAACCCUGCUGGCAAUCAGGGAAGCCACCAAGAUCUGGCUGUACAGACUGGGGAUUAAUAGAAUGUCAGAUUCCGUCUCUCAGUUAUUACUUCUGGGAUCUGGUUAAUUUUUUUUCCCUUGUAAUUAUUUCUUGUUAUUUUUGUAAGCGACUCAAGAUGUUUUUGGAAGUGAGCAACUUAUACAUAGCUAAUAAAUAAUCC